ACUUCUCUCAUCAAUCCGCCUACAGCAGCCCAUAUGUGGCCUUGUGCGACAGUAUAGCACUAGCGACAGGAAAGCCAUGGCCAGGCUAUACGGGGGCCGGCAGCUUCUUGCCGGCCUUGCAAUUUUAGCUAUUAUGUGUACGCCUGUAUUGUCAUCCAAGCCCAAAGGAGCCAGCUUGACUGUCCGGGCGCGCUUCAACGCAACAUCCUACUUGCUGGAAGCCUUGGAGUUCCUGGCGGAGGAGGAGCCGGCCCUGGUGUGGAAGUACCUGGACGCGAUGGGCUCCGCGGCGCCGCCCCGCGCUGCCGGCGAGGGCGACGGCUGCUGGCAGCGCCUGACCACCGAGGCGACACGGCUGGUCAGCCCCAGCGUGGGCAAGCUGCUGCCGCUGGUGCUGGGCUCGCGGCAGUACUCCGCCAAGCUGGCCAUGGUGGCCCAGCUGGCGGCGCAGUUCCACCCGGGGCAGACCUCGUGCUGUUUCGUGGCAGUGGGCGGCGCCACCCUCACCGACCCCGCCCAGCUGCCGGCGGCACUGAAGGCCGCCGCCGCUACUGCCGCCACCGCUACUGCCGCUGCUACUGCCGGCGGCGAGCACGCGGAGGCGGAGCAGCUGUUCCCCUUCGACCACGUCUACCCAACCACCGCUGCUGCUGCUGCUGCUGCUGCUACUGCUACUGCCGAUGGCGACAGCAGCAGCACCGGCAGUAGCACGGCGCCUGCGGCAGUGCUGUACGGCAGCCCGGGCCUGGGCUGCUUCGGCCCGCUGCAUGCGGCGCUGAGGGCGGCGGCGGAGGCGGGGCGGGCCACGUACGUGUUCCGGCCGCUGCUGCAGCCCCACUGCGAGUCCGCCGCCGGCUGCGCCGCCUCGGGCGCGGGCGGGCCGCUGCUGCUGCCGGGCUGGGGCGUGGAGGCGGCGCUGAAGAACACCGAGUACAGCGCGCUGGACGACAAGGGCAACAAGGACAAGGAGGCGGCGGCGGACAGCGGCGCGGGCGGCUCUGACGCGCUGGGCUCGGGCGAGGCCGCGGUGGUUCGCGGCUUCCGGCUUGACGUGCUUGCAGCCAGGAAGCCCACACUGCGCCAGGAGCUGCUGACGCUGCGCGACCAGCUGCUGACGGCGGCGGAGGACGACGCCGACGGCUCCGGCUCACUCAAGGUGUGGGACCUGGCUGACGUGGGCCUGGCCGCCGCCCAGCGUGUGCUGGGCAGCUCCGACCCGCUGGCACUGCUGGCCGAGGUGGCAGGCAACUUCCCGGGACUGGUGUCCAGCCUCAGCCGACAGUUGCUGGGGGCUGGGGGGGGGGGGAAGGGGAGGGGCCUGGUGUCCAGCCUCAGCCGACAGCCUGUGAACGGCUCUCUGCGCUCGGCGGUGGCCUCCAACCAGGCGGCGGGCCUCAGCGCCGGCGCCAACCUGCUGCUGCUCAACGGCCUGGCCGUGGACGUCAACAGCCUGGACUACUACGGCUUCCUAGGCCGCCUGCGAGCCGAAAUGCGGCUGCGGGAUGCGCUAGUGUCGCCACCCGCCCCCGCACCUGCUACUGCUGCUGCUACUGCCAGCACUGCUACUGCCAGCACUGCUACCGCUGCUACUGCCGGCGGGCUGGGCCUGCCCGGUGACGUGGCGGCGACGGUGAUGGCGCUGCGGGCGGAGGAGGGCGCGGGCGCGGCGGCCGGUGGCGGCGGCGGUGUGGAGUCGGAGCCGCGACUGAGCCUGGGCAGUGCCAGCACCAUGGACAAGCACGUGACCUGGCUCAACAACCUGGACAAGGACGCCAAGUACCAGCGCUUCGGCCGCAGUGUCAAUGAGCUGCUCAGCGUGUACCCCGGCAGGCUGAAGCCGCUGGGUCGCAACAUGUUCACUGCGGUGCUGGUGGCGCAGCCGCUGUGUGCCGCCUCGCUGCAGCUGGCGGCGGCGGUGGAGCAGAUGUGGCAGGGCGGGUACCCGCUGAGGUUUGGUGUUGUGUUUGAGCUGCCGGCGGUGCAGGGCCGCCUGGCCACAUCGCGCCGCUACCCGCACCUGACAGGAGCCACACAGGCGCCGGCGUGGGAGGACAUGGACGCAAGUGAGCGCUUCGGCCGCGCCUUCGCCACUCUGCGCGAGGCGUUCGGCGGCCCCGCGGCCUGGAGGCUGUGGGGCAAGGUGGCGGAGCUGGUCGGCUCGGGCGAGGCUCAGGACCCGGGCUCGGCGGUGGAGGCCGCCUUCAAGGCCGCCUGGGCCGCCGCCGCACGCAGCCCGCCGCCGGGGGCCCGAGCCAAGGCCGCGGCGCGCAAGAGCGCUGCGGACGCACUGACCAUGCUGCAGGAGGGAUCGGGCUAUGCGGCGGAGGUGGGCAUGGCCCUGACCGACACCGCCGCCUGGCUGCAGGGCCGCGGCCUGGUGACAGCGCCGCCGCCCACCCCCGCAGGCCAGGCGGGUGAGGACGCGGAGGACUGCAGCCGGGCGCCACUGGUGUGGAUGAACGGACUGGCGGGGCGCAGUGCGGGCGGCGGCGGCGGCAUGAUGGGCGGCGGCGGCGGCCCGGCGGAGGACCUGCUGUACAAGCUGAUGGGCGAGAUGCAGCGCAUGCAGGAGUGGGUGUACUUUGGCCGCCUGGCGGACGACACCGCGGGGGGAGACGUGCUGCAGGCGGUGCUGGGCCUUGCGGGGGCGGUGGAGCGGCUCAACCCGCGACUGGUGGGGCCGGCGGCCGCCCGCAACGCCAAGGUGGUGCCGCUGGCCCCGCUGCUCCGCGGCCCCGCCCGGCAGCAGCUGGCGGCUCUGUGGCGCGACACCCCCGCCUCCUCCUCCUCCUCCGCCUCCUCCCCCUCCUCCUCCUCCCCCUCCGCCUCCUCCCUUGAUGAUGACGAGGACGCGGAGGCGGAGGAGGCGGAGGAGCAGCAGGCCGGCGGCAAGAAGGGCGGUGGCAAGAAGGGCGCCGGCAAGAAGGCCGACAAGGCCGCCAAGGCUGACAAGGGGCCGCUGCGGCUGCACGUGCCUGCGGUGACGCACCUGGUGGCGGCGGACCUGUGCGGCGAGGGCGGAGAGGGACGGGAGCUGGUGGCGGAGGCGCUCCGCUUCCUGUCCGACGGCCCGCCCGCCGCGGUGCGCGAGGCGCGGCUGCUGCUGGCGCCCAACCCGGCCGACCCGCAGGAGCCGCCCUGCCUGCUGGAGGCGCUGGCGACCGCGGCUUUGCAGCAGGCGGCGGCGGGCAGGGCCACCCGGGCUCAGGCCCUGUCCUUCCUGCGCCGGCUGCUAUCUGACGGCCCGCUGGUGUCCCGGCUGGCUGGACCGCUGGCGGGCGGCAGUGCGGAGGAGGCCACCGUGGCAGUCAAGAUGGCGGAGGAGGCGGGCCUGGACUCCUCCUCCCUGCUUGGCUCCCUGACCUCGCUGGUGGACGCCGCCCUGCUGCCCGGCGGCGGCGGCCUGCGGCGCAGCAGUCAGGUGCCGGCGCUGGCGGGCCGCACCCGGCUGGCGGCGGCGCUGACCGGAGGGGGAGGAGGAGGAGGAGCAGGAGGAGGAGCAGGAGGAGGUGGAGGCCUGGGCCUGGCGGCGGGCGAGGCGGCGGUGGUGACCAACGGCCGCGUCACGCGCGUGUACCGCCCCGGCGGAGAGCGCCACGAACUGGUGGCUGAGGACUUCCCCCUCCUGCACAUGGCCGUGGGCGGCGUGGCCUCAGCCGUGGCGGCAGCCCUCAGCAAGGCCCACGCCGCAGCCCCCCUGCCCGGUGUGCCGCCCUACCCCGCCGCCGCCACAGACGCCGCCGCCGCCGCCGCCGCCACCACCGACGCGCUCUCCGACCUCACCGCCGCCACCGCCGCCGCGCUCGCCGCCGCGUCAGCGGCGGCAACGCCGGAGGCGCCCGCCGGCGCCGCCGGCGGCGCCGCCCAGCUCGGCCCCGCCGCCUCCAAGCAGCUCCAAUCCGUCAUGGCUAAGCUCAGGAAGAGCAAGAUCGCCGUGGAAAUCCCCGGCUCCUCCUCCUCCUCUUCUUCCCCCUCCUCUUCUUCUUCUCCUUCCUCCUCCUCGGCUCUGCGGCUGGAGGUGAUUCUGAACCCGCUCAGCCGCCCCGCCCAGCGGCUGUCUGGGCUGCUGCUGGCGCUGCGGGAGGCGCUGGGUGCGGACGUGGUGCUGGCGCUCAACCCGCAGAGGGACCUGACGGAGAUGCCGCUCAAGAGCUACUACAGGUACGCGCUGCCCCAGGGCCUGUCCCCCGCCGCCACCGCCGCCGCGCCGCCCGGCACCCCCGCCGCGCACUUCGCCCGCCUGCCGCCGCGCCGCGUGCUCACACUCAACCUGGAGACCGCCUACGCCGAGUGGGAGCUGGACUCGCUCAUGCUCACAGGCAGCUGCGUGGACGUGACCGCCAGCGGCAGGCUGACUCCCCCCCGCGGCCUGCAGCUGCACCUGGGCACGCCCGCACAGCCGCACGUGGUGGACACGCUGGUCAUGGCCAACCUGGCCUACUUCCAACUCAAGGCUGCCCCCGGGCUGUGGCUGCUGUCUCUGGCGCCCGGCCGCUCCCGCGAGCUGUACGAGCUGACUGGCAGCACCGGCACCUCCCUGCACGACGACGACAACGAAGAGGAGGAGGAGGGAGAGGGAGAGGAAGGAGAGGAGGAGGGGAGGGCGGUGGCGGUGGUGGCGGCUGGCGGCGGCAAGGGCGUGGCCGUGGGCGUGUCGGACCCGGCCGUGAGCACGCAGGUCCUCAUCUCCAGCUUCACAGGCAAGCACAUGAUCCUGCGUGUGCGCAAGCGGCCGGGCAUGGAAGACGAGGACGUGCUCAAGCAGGGCGGCGAGGAGGAUGACGUCGUUGAGAUUGACAGGCCCAUGCACGAGCUGGAGGACGACGAGUACGCGGACGAGGACGACGACGAGGCGCCCGCCAGGAAGCCCAGCUCGCUACUGGGCCGCGUGUCCGACAUGAUCACUGGCAAGGGUGGCAAGGACGGCGCCGCCGCCGCCGCCGCCAAGAAGCUGCCUGGCGGCGACGUGAUCAACGUAUUCACGGUGGCCAGUGGUCACAUGUACGAGCGGCUGCAGAAGAUCAUGGUCCUGUCCGUGGUGCGACACACCAAGAGCAGGGUCAAGUUCUGGAUCAUCAAGAACUACUGCAGCCCCCAGCACCGCGCCGUGCUGCCGGCGCUGGCGGCCCGCUACGGCUUUGACUACGAGUUCGUCACCUACAAGUGGCCCACCUGGCUACACAAGCAGACCGACAAACAGCGCCUGAUCUGGGCCUACAAAAUCCUGUUCCUGGAUGUGCUGUUCCCGCUGGGCGUGGAGCGGAUCAUCUUCGUGGACAGCGACCAGGUGGUCCGCACCGACCUGGCGGAGUUGUAUCACAUGGACAUUGGGGGUGCGCCCUACGCCAAGACCAUCGACCUGUGCAACAACCCCAAGACCAAGGAGCCCAAGCUCACCGCCGCGCGCCGCAUCAUCGGGCCACUGUGGGAGGAGCUGGACGCCCAGCAGGAGGCGGUGACGCGGGAGGUGCAGGCUCGUCUGGACGCGGCGGAGAGCGGGCUGCCGCUGCUGGCCGGCGCAACAGAGGCGGCGACAGAGGCGGCGGCGGAGGCGGUGGAGGCGGCUGGCGCGGGCACAGGCGCGGGCGUGGAGGAGGAUUGGGCUGUGGGCGACGCACCGCAGCAGCAGCAGCAGCAGCAGCAGCAGCAGGGGGGCGGGGCUGCGGGUGGGGCUGACCGGACCGAGCUGUGAGCGUGCCGCGUUGGUCGUGUCGUGUGGCGUUGUUUGGAGCGAAGCGUGUGGGAAUGUUUGGUGGGGCACAGCCGGAGCGUGUGUGGUAGUGCAGACAUGCGCCGUGCAACUGCGGCGGUGCUUGGCGGCGGCGGCGGCGGCGGGUGCUUGGCGGCGGCGGCUACUAGGUACGGUCACUGCGCUGGCCAUAGGGCUGCCAGGGGUGGUGCAAGCCGAUGCGGCGCACGAAGAGUGCGGCAGCCCUGAGUGCCCAGCAGGUAGCUCAUGUCACUGCUCGGUGCGUGGUGUGGUAUGGCGUAGCUCUGGCAAGUAGUGUUGGUGUGAACAAAUCAGGGGGGGGAUGGUGCAUGUGCGAAGGGGGGAAAUGGUUCGCGCGGCGUGCCAUCAUGUCACUCGCUAGCAGCAUGUAAUGAAGCAGU